UCAGCUCCGUAGUGCCAUUUUUCUUUGCGCAGGCGCACAACUGAUUACGUGGCACAGUGCCUUUGGGCCAUUCAGAUUUGUAGUCUGUCAUUUGCCGACUUGAAGAACCCGGCAGACGUGGAAGUGCUUCAUAUUUUAAACGAAAUCAGGGUGGGAAGAUGAAUCCCAAUGAUCAGUACUUCCAGCAGCAGCAACCUGGUUAUGGUGCUCCUCAACUUGGUCAAAACUAUGGUGGCAUGAUGCCUCCUCCGCCAAGAACACCUGUGAUGGUGAAUCAGCCUCAACAGUUUCCUCCAGCCAACGGCCCACAGAACAUGAAUCCUUACGGGCAGCCUUCCCCCAGACCACCGAUGACCCAGUACGGGCAUUCACCCCUGCCACCACAGGCAGCAAAUCCAAAUCAACUGGCCCAGCAAAUGGGAGGCAUGAAUUUGGGUGACAACAGCUUAAAAUCUCCUGUUCCUUCUAUGUAUCCUCCUAUGAAUGGGAAUGUUUCGCCUGCUCCAGGAACAUUCCCCUCUCCCCCAAUGGCCUCUAACCUUCUGGCCAGCCCGAUGCCUCCUCAGUCCCUCGCCCCAGGAAUUGCUCCACCAAGGCCUGGCUUGAUGCCUCCUAUGCAGCAGCAACAACAACAGAUGAGACAUGUUUCUCCACAGCAGUAUCCAAACGGUCCUGGUAUGGAUAAUAUGGGACAUCCUGUAAAUGGUCAACAGUUUAACAGUCCAAGACCUCCUACGGGUGGCGGUUUCCUACCUACUCAGACGGCUGGAUUCCCUGGCCAUCCGCCGAUGCCAUUCCAGCAAGCGCCAUUGCAACAACAUCAACAACAAUCGCAUUUGCCACCAACACAGCAACAGCAAGGCGGAUAUGACAGUAUGGGCAGUCGUUAUCCAUCCAGCCCAAACUAUCCACCUGGAAUGUCAGGUCCAAUGCCAGGACCACCUUCUCAACCUAUGCCACCGCAACAACAAGCUCGACGUCUUGAUCCCGAUCAAAUGCCCAGCGCUAUUCAAGUCAUGGAAGAUGACAAACGGACGCGUUCUGGACCUUUCGCCACUAACCAGAAAGGCCUUGUCCCUCCUCUAGUAACCACUCCGUAUUUAACUCAAGAUCAGGGCAAUUCCGGGCCGCGUUUCGUCCGCUCAUCCAUGUACAGUGUUCCAGCUCUGCCUGACAUGAUGAAGCAGACAGCCGUUCCUUUCGGCUUGGUUAUCUGCCCCUUCGCCCAACUGGAAGAAGGGGAACGCUCCCCAGUGGUGGAUAUGGGCGAGCUUGGCCCGGUUCGUUGUGGCCGCUGCAAAGCUUACAUGUGCCCUUUUAUGCAAUUUAUCGACGGUGGUCGCCGAUUCCAAUGUCCAUUCUGUAAGGCGACAACUGAAGUGCCAGCCGAAUAUUUCCAGCAUUUGGACCACACUGGCAUGCGUAUGGACAAGUACCAGCGACCGGAGUUGUGCCUCGGCUCUUACGAGUUCGUUGGCACCAAAGACUAUUGUCGCAACAACGUCUUCCCCAAACCACCAGCCUACAUCUUUGUUUUGGACGUGUCGUAUAACAACGUCAAAUCGGGGCUUGUCCACCUUCUCUGUCAAAACAUUAAGAGCAUCUUGCAGCACUUGCCGCGGGAAUCCGUAGGUGGACAGAGUGGCACGUCGCGAGUGGGUUUCAUCACCUACAGCAAAGAAGUGCACUUCUACAACAUCAAAGCGUCGUUGGCCCAGCCGCAGAUGAUGGUCGUGGGCGAUGUCGAGGACAUGUUUAUGCCGUUAUUGGACGGUUUCCUGUGCGACCCAGUCGAGUCGGAACACAUAAUCGAUCAACUCAUGGUCCAAAUUCCGACCAUGUUUGCCGAUUCGAGAGAAACGGAAACAAUUCUCGGCCCGGCCAUUAAAGCCGGCCUUGAAGCGUUGAAAGCGGCCGACUGUGUUGGAAAACUGUUGGUGUUCCACUCGUCGCUGCCGAUUGCCGAAGCACCCGGCCGGCUUAAGAGCCGCGAUGAACGCAAAUUGCUGGGCACGGAUAAGGAGAAAACGGUGCUGUCGCCGCAGACGACGUUUUACAAUCAGAUAGGCCAGGAGUGCGCCGGAUUCGGUUGCCGGGUCGACUUGUUUGUAGCCAAUAACGCCUUUGUUGAUUUGGCCACUAUCGGACAGGUGGCCCGGCUCACCGGUGGCCAAGUCUACAAGUACACGUAUUUCCAGGCGGACCUUGACGGCGAGCGAUUGGUCGAAGACGUCCGUCGCAAUGUCGAGCAGACGGUGGCGUUUGAUUCAAUUAUGCGCGUGCGUACGUCGACAGGUGUUCGACCUGUCGACUUUUACGGCCACUUUUUCAUGUCGAACACGACGGACGUAGAAACGGCGGGCAUUGAUUCCGAUCAGGCCAUGACGAUCGAAAUCAAACACGACGACAAACUCACCGACGAGGAUGGCGUUUAUAUCCAGGUGGCACUGUUGUUCACGUCGCCCGGCGGUCAGCGUCGACUUCGUAUUCACAAUUUGGCGUUGAGCGUGUGCACGCAAAUGGCUGACUUGUAUCGCAGCUGUGACUUGGACACGGUCAUGAAUUUGCUAAUGAAGCAAUCUGUGACUAAAUUAACUGAAUCCACACCGAAACAGAUUAGGGACUCGCUGAUUAAUCGAAGCGCCCAAGUUUUGGCUUGUUAUCGCAAAAAUUGCGCUUCGCCUUCAUCGCCGGGUCAGCUGAUUUUACCCGAAUGCAUGAAACUCCUUCCACUGUACAUCAAUUGCCUGCUCAACUGCGAUGCGCUUUCGGGCGGCUCGGACAUGUCCAUUGAUGACCGGACGUUCAACAUGUUUGCCGUUCAGACGAUGCACGUUGGCGCCAGUUUGGCUUACCUGUACCCGCGUCUCGUCCCUCUGCUGGAUGCAUCGGCGCCGGCGAGUCCAAGCGAUCAGGACGAUGUCGUGUUGCCGUCGCCCGUCCGUUGCACAGGCGACAAGCUGCGUGACGACGGCGUUUACGUGCUGGACAAUGGCAUUCACAUGUUUUUGUGGAUCGGUUUGUCUGUCAGUCCGGAAUGGAUUCACGGUGUCUUUGGCACCAAUUCAGCCGCACAGAUCGACAUUGACCGGACCAAGUUGAUUGAGCUGGACAAUCCCCGCUCGCAGCAGGUGAGGAGUGUCAUUGCCCAGCUGCGCUCGACGCGACAACGUCACAUGCGCUUGACCCUGGUGCGGCCGCGCGAUAAGCUGGAAUUCGUCUUUAGGAAGUUUUUGGUGGAAGACAAACACGGCGAUGCCAGUUCGAGUUAUGUUGAUUUCCUGUGCCACUUGCACAAGGAAAUUCGCAAUCUACUCAAUUAACGUAGUAGCCCCCCCCCCCUUUUUUUGUGUGUGUGUGUUUUUUCUAAUGGAUGCGCAAGGAGAAGGGGACGCAAUCACGUUCGAGUACGCAGACUUUGAUAGUUGAUGGAACGGGUUUUUGUUUUUCUCUCCCUUUCCACACAACAACAAAAAAAAAUCAAGAAACAAGCGAAAAACGAUAGGAGGAAAAAUUACGGAAGAAUAAUCUGCAUCGAAAAAAGAAGAUAAAAAUACGUUGUUCUUUAUUAUCUUUUUGUUUAUUAUUAUUAUUAUCUACUCCCCACAUAUAGAAAAGGAAAUUCCCCAUUUAGAAGAAAAAGAGGAUGAAUAAAUGAGCGAUCGAUGAGGAGUUUAAAAAAAAAACAAAAAAGAAAAAAUAACACACACAAAAAAAUGUCGUCAUUGAUCGUGGAGAGAGGCAAUAGAAGAUGAUUUUGGGAGAGGCCGAGAUUGCCUUAUUAUUAUCAAAAUGCUAAGCGGAAAAAAAAAAUGAUAAUCUACAACAGAGUUUGUAUUAGCCGAAACGCAAUCGUGUUCUUUUGGGAUUUUCUUUUCAUUUUUUUUUUCUAUUUCUCUCUUCGCCUGUUAAAUUUACUCUGUUUCCCCCCCUGCAUCUUCUUCAUAUAUUAUUAUAAUUUUUUUUUUUUUUUCAAAUAAAAAAAAAAUAGAAAAGGAAGGAAAGAGUCUGCUGAUGAAACUAGAAAUUGCCUAGAAGCUAAUUAUUAUUUUGUUGUUCAUACAAAAGAAGAUUUGCCGCUGAUUUGAUUUGCUCUUUUUCUCUCGUCUGUUCUUAUUCCUGGGGUUUGUCUCUUUCCAUUUUCAAUUAUUAUUCCCUUUUUUUUUUUUUUUUGUGAUUUUUUAUUAUUAUCAUCUUGUUCCGCGUACAGUUUGAUGUGAAUGUGUAAACACAAAAUCGAGUGGGUGCCGUGUACUCGGAAAGUUUUCCUUGAAAAUAAAAGAAAAAAGAAAAUAUUAACUAAA